CGGCUGGGGCCCCGGGGGAUUAACGUGAGGUGGGCGCGUCGCGGGCCGCCAUUUCUCCGCGUCUCCUGAGGAGCUGCACCCCGCAGCCUCGCUCGGGCCGUCUCCGGUCGGGUCGCCGGCGCCCCGCGCCCCCUUCGUCGCCGCACCGCCGCCCCCAGCCCAGAGACAAAAAUGCUGAGUUUCUUGCGUAGAACGCUUGGGCGUCGGUCAAUGCGUAAACAUGCUGAGAAGGAACGACUCCGAGAAGCUCAGCGAGCUGCCACCCACAUUCCUGCAGCUGGAGAUUCGAAGUCCAUCAUCACGUGUCGGGUGUCCCUCCUGGAUGGGACUGAUGUCAGUGUGGACUUGCCGAAAAAAGCCAAAGGACAAGAGCUGUUUGAUCAGAUUAUGUACCACUUGGACCUAAUUGAAAGUGACUAUUUUGGAUUGAGAUUUAUGGAUUCCGCACAAGUAGCACAUUGGUUGGAUGGUACAAAAAGCAUCAAAAAGCAAGUAAAAAUUGGCUCACCCUAUUGUCUGCAUCUUCGAGUUAAAUUUUAUUCCUCAGAACCAAAUAAUCUUCGUGAAGAACUAACCCGGUAUUUAUUUGUUCUUCAGUUAAAGCAAGAUAUUCUCAGUGGAAAAUUAGAGUGUCCUUUUGAUACAGCAGUUCAGUUGGCAGCUUAUAAUCUGCAAGCUGAGCUUGGUGACUGUGAUCUUGCUGAGCACGGCCCUGACCUUGUGUCUGAGUUCAGGUUCGUGCCCGUUCAGACUGAAGAGAUGGAGCUGGCUGUGUUUGAGAAAUGGAAGGAAUGCAGAAGUCAGACACCAGCACAAGCUGAAACCAAUUAUCUGAAUAAAGCCAAAUGGCUAGAAAUGUAUGGGGUUGAUAUGCAUGUGGUCAAGGCUAGAGAUGGGAAUGACUAUAGCUUGGGACUAACCCCAACAGGAGUCCUUGUUUUUGAAGGAGAGACCAAAAUUGGCUUAUUUUUUUGGCCCAAGAUAACCAGAUUGGAUUUUAAGAAGAAUAAAUUAACCCUGGUGGUUGUAGAAGAUGAUGAUCAGGGCAAAGAGCAGGAGCAUACAUUUGUCUUUAGACUGGAUCAUCCCAAAGCGUGCAAACAUUUAUGGAAGUGUGCUGUGGAGCACCAUGCCUUCUUCCGCCUCCGAGGCCCCGUCCAGAAGGGUUCCCAUCGAUCGGGAUUUAUUCGACUAGGAUCACGAUUUAGAUAUAGUGGGAAAACUGAGUAUCAGACCACAAAAACCAAUAAAGCAAGAAGAUCAACAUCCUUUGAAAGAAGACCCAGCAAACGAUAUUCUCGACGAACUCUACAAAUGAAAGCAAGUACAGCAAAACCUGAAGAACUCAGUGUCCAUAAUAGUGUUUCAACUCAAAGUAAUGGCUCCCAACAGCCUUGGGGAGUGAGAUCUGCUCUGCCUGUGAACCCUUCCAUUCCCUCUGGUCCUGUGCUGGUGGAGGUAGAGAAUCUUCCCAGGAGUCCUGGAACAGACCAGCGUGACAGGAAAUGGCUCUCUGCUGCCAGUGACUGCUGUCAACGUGGUGGAAACCAGUGGAACACAAGGGCCUUGUCCCCACCCCAGCCUGCAUAUAGAAACUACACUGACUUUGUCCAUGAACACAAUGUGAAGAAUGCAGGAGUCCAUCAUGAUGUUCAUUUUCCCAGCCAUGCAGCCAUGACUGAGAUAUGAGUGUUAAGCCUCUUAGGCAUUGGGACUCUUUGUCAUGACAGUUGAUGGUAUAAAACUUGAUGGUAUACGUUUUCUAGUGUUUAUAGAGGAUUGAUCACAUUAGGAGAAAUUGGGAGAAGUUAUUUUAUAUUAAGUUACUAGUUGUGUAGUGUCGUUUGUAAUUAAAUUCUUCUCUGAAAGGGAAAAGGAUCUGAAGAAGCCGUAUGCCGUCAAUGAUAAUGAUAAAUGUUUUUGUGUUGAAAAGGGUAUGUAUAUCAUUGUAAUUUUGGAAAGGUUUUUCAUACUUUUAACAUGUUAACACAUCACUCAGAAGAUGUCUCAGGAGAAGGUUUGUGUUUGUGAACAAGCUCCCCAUUAUCACCCACCCCCAUGCCCUCCCAAUAGAUUGAGGUUAAAAGAAUCAGACACACUAAAACCACACUCGGAAGCAUGUCCAGGUUCCAUGUAUCAGCCUUGGUGAUAUUUUUAUAAAACAGCUCUUACACACUAUUUUUAAUACUUCUAGAGUGACCCAUGUCUUAAUUUCAGUUAAGUGCCUAAGAUACUAUCAUUUUAAUUAAUGUAAUUUUUAAUUAAAGAGACUUUUAGUCUUUAGUAAACACAUAUAUUUUAAUUUACCAAAAGAUCUAGAAAUCACAUUAAUAAUGUGAUUCAUGUAGAGAGAAAUCUGAAUGGUUACUUUUGCAUGAUUCGUCAGCCAGUGGUUAACUGAGUGGUUACGUUACUGCUGAAUGGUUGUACAAAACGGAAAAUGUAUUUAGUUUUGUCUUUUCACUUUUCUCUCUUCUUUCAUCUCUUACAUCUGAUAGAUUUCCCAGAUUUUCAAUAGCCCCAUAAUCUGGUCUUGUACAACCUUCAAAAUAAAAUUUUGAAGCCAAAACUAUAUCACUUUUAAGUGGAUUGGAUAUAUUUCUGGUUUUGGUCCUUUAUGAACUUCAGAAUGUAAUAUCUAAGCUCUUUGGUUUAAUUCAUAUGGGCAAAUUAGCUGGAAAAAGUACAUUUCUGAUAUAAUGGGAACUGAUGUAAGGAAAGCAUUUCUUUUGUCUUUUUACAGUUUUUUAAAAUUCUAACAGUUUUUAAACUUUAAACCAUGUAAUAGUAAUUUGAAGAUAUUUCAUAGUCUGAGAAUUCAUAAUACUUCAAGAUAAUGAAGCUUCAUUAUACUCGGGUUAACCCAUCUACUGUCCUGCUCACCUCAGAAGUUGGUCUUCUUCCUCUGCUAGACAAAGAUAAAGGUUUCCGAGGGCUUUGUUACUGGACUGUUGGUUGCAAAUACAAUACAGUUUGUUGAUAGAAGACAUAAGUAAGCAGAACUAAGUAAUAUUUAGGGAUUGAAACCUAUAGGCAGGUUUCAAUUUGUGAGUUUAUUACAAUUGUAUAUAGAAGGAUGAAUGCUCAAAGUAUUUUUUAGUGCAUCCUGCAAAUAUGAACAGAUCCCUGUCUUAAAUAGCCCAGCUCUCUACCUCUAUCAGUCUGUCAUCAUUUAGCAUGCUUAAAAAUGGCCACUGACAUAUGUCCCUCAUAGUUGUUUUAGACUUUACAUAACUCAGAUUAUAAUUGUCAAGUAUUGUCGAUGGUGAUUUCUUUCUUAAAAGAAAGGAACUUGAGUCAUAACAUUUUGAAAGCAAAGAAGCCCUGGUUUGUGCCAUUCAAGAAAAUCAGAGUGAAUAUGAUUAAGAACCUAUUCUUUUAUAGUAGAAACCAAAGAAGCAUAAUAAUGACAAAGCUUUUCUGGUCUUUUAGAAAGUCCCAAGGUUUGACUUCUCUCACUUUAAAAUUAAUCUUGAAAUCAAAGGUGAGACCGCUGAUAAAAUGCCUCGUAUGUAUCUUAGCAGAAUCUUAACUUUGGGAAAAAUGGAAGGAUUGUAGUUGAAGACUAAGAUCUUCACUUUAUCUUGAAAGUGGUAAUUUCCUUACUUAGAAUGAGUUAAUCAAUACUGUUACAUUUAAGUGAAAGAAGAAUCACGUCAUGGUUUUUCUUUCUUUGAAAAUCUUGUUAUAUAAUAAUUCAUUUGUUAUAUAAUAGUUUUGUGUUAUAUAAUACUUGUUAUAGAAUAGUUCAAAUUACUGAUGAUAGAAAUUGGGUUGGAGGGGUGAUGGGGCAAAAAGGGGAUGGAGAAGUCUAAGGGCUAAGACUGGAUGGUAGUGGAAUCAAAUUUGUCUAUUUUAUAGAAGUAGCUAUAUGCUUCAGGAUCUCAUCUCAAAUAGUGUGAAUAUUCUUGCUGCUAUUUUCAAGAUGAAUAUAUAUGUUUCCAGAGCUAUGAAGAAUUUACUUAGAUAGCUCAACCUAAAUUAAACAAAUAGUCACCAGCCUUUUUAUACUCUGCACUUUAUUAUGGCUAAAGGAUCAGUGAUCAUACAUCCUACAUGAGGGAACUCAUAUCCUCCAGAAGCACCUUACUUGGUCACUCUCCUUUUGAUUAGAGGGACUUAUCUGCACAGAACUGCAGGGUCAUGUGAUUCAAUGUCAGUGCUUUGGCUAAUUUUAUUUAGCAUAAUUAAUUUUAGCAUCUUGAGUUAGGUUGGUUGUGUUUUAACUGCAUUUUUAUAGACAGAGAAAUUUACGGAAAUACAGCAAAGCUAGUGACCUUCACACUUUCGCACAUGAAAACAAAUGAGCUCUUAAGGUCAUUAUUUCUCUUGACAGGAAAAUCACUUCAAAGGCGUUUACCUGUUUCUGAGUAUAAUGUAACAAUUGUGAGUUUGACAGGGUAGUCAUAGAUGUACUUUUAAAUGAAUUUACAGAGAAGAACAACUUUAUUUGUCUUGCUGUGUAUAUACUGUCUAUAUUUUAAAAAGCAACUAGUAUACAAACAUUCUAGUAUUGUAAUAUCAUCAGUAUAAUUCAAAUAAUCUUUUUGGGUGGGGUACUUUUUUAUUUAUUUAAAGUGCUGACCCAGAAAAUGUUGUUAGUUUUAACACUUGGGUGAAUCUUUAUUGUUAAAAUUGCCCAGGAUGUAAAAGGUGCCAUAUAAAUAAGUCAAGAUAUAGAACCAAAGUGUCUGCUGAAUGGAGAAAAGGGAGGCAGCUUGUUUCAUAGGGUAAGACAGUUAGCUGAGCCUUAGUUAUGGUAGUUUCUCUUAUUCUCUGGAUUUUUGCAUAUUUUCUUGGUUGAUAUGCUAAUAAUUGUUUUGAUUGAUAACCUUGCUUUAUCACAUUUAUGUGUCCUGAUGUCGCACAUUUCAUUUUUCUAUCUUGCCAAAACUGGAAAAUAGAUGAAGAGGGUAAGGAGUGGAGGACUACCAUGUUUUGGGAUUUCAGGAGGAAGAAGAGUAUUGUGGAAAUGACUGGCUUCACAGGCAUGAGAAGACUAGACCUCAACUUUGAUCCUUUUUACUUCCAUAUAUAUUCACAGAUGUAAACUGAAAAAGUUGGGAGAUGGCUGUCCCAUGUUAGUACAGCAUGCCUGUUGGUGGGAGUGGUAAUCGUUUGAGUACAUGGUAAUUUAACUGUUUUGGUUGGGGCCUACUCUUAGUUCGUUGCUUUUAUUUUGUAUAUGUUAGGCUUUCAGUACCCUUGGUAUAUAGGGCUUGUCAUAUGGAUUUGUAAAAAUAAAAUCAUCUUGUGCUAAUAA